AUGGCGCAAGUAUUGGACAUUGCAAUGAAAAUCCCGGAGCGGAUCCGCAGCAUGCGAGAGGGGCGUCUCUCGUCGCUGCGACCUCUGGGCGAGUUCUUUGACCACCAGCGCAUCUCGCGUCCGCAAGACACCAACGAAGCCUUCCAGCGUAUCACGUACAACACGCGCCACUUUUCGGGCAACUACGCCGUCGUCGUCGUACUGCUCGCGGUGUACGGCAUGAUCACCAACACGACGCUGGUGUUUGCCAUCAUCUUCCUCGUUGCCGGAUUCUAUGCCAUCAACCGCUUCGCGCCAGAACCCAUGCAGGUGGGCGAACAUGUGAUCACGCAGAAGAGCCUGUACACGGGUCUGUUUGUGAUUGGCAUCCCCCUGUUGUGGUUUGCGAGUCCGUUCGGGUUCAUGUUCUGGUUGGUGGGCAGCUCGGCAUUCUUGAUCCUGAGUCAUGCUGCUUUCAUCGAACCGCCCGUCUCGAGCGAGUACACGGGUGUCGAGACCGUGUGA